GGUGCUGGGGCUGAGCAGUGGGUGCUAGGGUUAAGCAGUGGGUGCUGGGCUCAAUAGAGGAGCUUGAGAUAAGGAAGUGCUGGGGAGAAGUGAGCAUUAGGAGGUGUGUUUAGUAGAGAGAGAAUUACCAGCCUCCAGUAUAAAACAUCACUGAGAGGAGGAGGAGUCUCGGCUCGUACCUGCAAGUGCCACAUUCCUGAGCCACAGUAGCACCAGCGGGCAGUCAGGAGGGCCACAGAUAAGUAAUGUGCUGCUCAUAGUCUCCUGAUUGGUGGUCCCAGGAUGUCGCUGGACCAUGCCAACCGAGCCAAGGGUGGCACAUUUAACCGGCCAGAUGGACCAGUGGAGGCACCCGCAGAAGUGGAGAUCAGUAAGGAAGAGACGAGAAUCCUGAAAGUUUGCUUUCACAGUAACAGCUCCAACCUGGUCAAGAACUUUAAGCUGGUGAAAUGCAGCAUCUACACGGAUAUACAGGAGAUCAUCAGCUCAAUAUUACUGAGUGGUCGAAUAGGGGCAGACAUUAAUCACAUUGAGUGUUAUGGUCUACGGCUGAAGCAUCUGAAAUCUGAUGAGAUCCAUUGGUUGCACCCUGACCUAACUGUAGGAGAAGUCCAGGAGAAGUAUGAAGGCCUCCAUCUGGAGGCUGAGUGGAGGUAUGACCUGCGGAUACGUUACCUGCCUGAAGACUUCUAUGAAAGUUUUAAAAAGGAUAAAACUACAUUACUAUAUUUCUAUCAACAGCUCAGAAAUGACUACAUGCAACAAUACGCAACAAAAGUGAGUGAAGGCAUGGCCUUGCAGCUGGGAUGCCUGGAACUCAGGAGGUUUUAUAAAGACAUGCCCCAGAACGCUCUUGAGAAGAAAUCCAACUUUGAAUUUUUAGAGAAGGAAGUGGGACUGGAUUUAUUUUUCCCCAAACAGAUGCAGGAGAGUUUGAAGCCCAAGCAAUUCCGCAAGAUGAUCCAGCAGACAUUCCAGCAAUACGGAUCCCUCAAGGAAGAGGAAUGUAUCACGCGCUUUAUGAACACCCUCUCCACCUUCACCUCCAUCGAUCAGGAAACCUACAGAUGUGAAUUAGCACAAGGAUGGAGCAUCACCGUUGACUUGGUUAUAGGCCCCAAAGGCAUUAGGCAACUGAAUACCAAGGACUCCAAGCCGACUUGCUUUGCCGAAUUCAAGCAGAUAAAGUCCAUCAAGUGCUCGUUCUUAGAAGAUGGCUGGUCCUUGCUGUUAUUAGGAAUAUCGGGCGCCCCACAGCCUUUAGCCAUAAAAACGUUGUCGAUGGCAGUGGUGGAAAACAUGGCCGACCUGAUCGAUGGUUACUGCCGACUGCAAAACGAGUCAAAGAAGUCGCUCAUUGUCAACCCCAAGAAAGAUAAUGAGAAAAGGAUCAGUCUGCCUCAGAUUCCAACAGAGGAAGUACAAGUGCGGCGAUCCAGGCUAACAGAGGGGAACAGCAUGGAGUCUGACAUUUACGCGGAGAUUACAGAGGAGGAGACAAAGCUAACAAACAACCGUUUCACCAUCAGUCGCAGUGACGUUUCGCUGGGGAGGAUCCUGGGUGAAGGCUUUUUCGGGGAAGUGUACGACGGCGUCUUUAUGAAACCGAGGGGUGAGAAGAUCAAUGUGGCAGUGAAGACCUGCAAGAACGACUGCGCCGCCGACGUCAAGGAGAAGUUCAUGAGCGAAGCGUAUCUGAUGAGGAAUUUGGACCACCCACAUAUAGUCAAGCUUAUUGGCAUUAUUGAAGAAGACCCAAUAUGGAUUGUGAUGGAGCUGUACCCAUACGGAGAGCUCGGGCAGUACCUAGAGAAACAUAAGAACUCCCUGCAGGUUCUCAGCCUGAUCCUCUACUCACUGCAGAUCUGCAAAGCCCUCGCCUAUUUAGAGGGAAUAAACUGUGUCCACAGGGACAUUGCCGUCCGAAACAUUCUGGUGGCCUCUCAUGAGUGUGUGAAACUGGGAGACUUUGGCCUUUCUCGGUACCUAGAGGAAGAAGAGUAUUAUAAAGCUUCAGUCACCCGGCUCCCAAUCAAGUGGAUGGCUCCAGAGUCCAUCAAUUUCCGACGGUUUACGUCAGCCAGCGAUGUCUGGAUGUUUGGGGUCUGCAUGUGGGAGAUACUCUCAUUUGGAAAGCAGCCAUUUUUCUGGCUGGAGAACAAAGACGUGAUCAGCGUCAUCGAGAAAGGAGAUCGUCUUCCCAAACCCGAAACGUGCCCGCCAACCCUCUACACCCUGAUGACGAGAUGUUGGACUUAUGACCCUUUUGAGAGGCCCAAAUUUACUGAGCUUGUUUACAGCCUGAGUGAUAUCUAUCAGAUGGAGAAAGAGAUCAUCAAAGAUAAAGAAAGGAACAACCGCCAAAGGCCUCCUAAAAUCAUUGAACCUCCUCCCAUGCAAGAAGCUCCCCCAAAGCCCAACCGGCCUAAAUACAAGGCAGCCGCCCCCGGAAAUCUGCUGGCACCUAAACUACUGACUCAGGUGCCAGAGAGUCUAUGUGCAAGCUCUCCUACUCUCUGUAGUCCAACAGAUUAUCAGUCUCCACUGGAUUCCACACACAGCCCACCUCUCCUGCGCCAUAGUAUCUUCAAACGGCGCAGCAUGAGGGAAGAGGACUUUGUAAAGCCAAACAGCAAAGAGGAAGCUCAGAAAUUAUGGGAAAAGGAACGGGAUAAAAUGCUACAAGUCUUAAACCGACAGCAACAACAGAUGGAGGAGGACGGCAAGUGGUUAAAGCAGGAGGAGAGAUCACUUGUCAAUACUCUCAAGGAUUCAAAGCAAAAAGCAAAUAACAACAAGCCUCCUGAUACGCUUCCAGAAAAAGAACUGUCUUACACUGAAUUCACAGCCCCCCCACUGAAGCCUCCCAGGUUAGGAGCACAGUCUCUACAGCCUACGCCUACGGCCAACAUUGACCGGACAGACGACAGUGUAUACCAAGGUGUGAUGGAGCUGGUGAAGGCAGUGCUGCAACUGAAGAACGACAUCUACCAGCUGCCCCCGGAAGGUUACGUGGCAGUUGUGAAGAACGUGGGCCUGACCCUUAGGAAACUCAUUGGAAGUGUCGAUGAGAUCCUUCCUUCUCUCCCACAGAAUUCCCGCACUGAGAUCGAGGGGACGCAGAAGCUCCUGAGUAAGGACCUGGCCGAUCUAAUCAACAAGAUGCGACUUGCCCAACAGAAUGCGGGGACGUCCCUGAGGGAGGAGUGUAAGAAGCAGAUGCUGACGGCGUCGCACAGCAUGGCUGUAGACAGCAAAAAUUUGCUGGAUGCAGUGGACCAGGCGCGGGUCAGGGCCAAUCUGGCUAAGGUGGCCACCGAGUGACAGAGUUGACUCUCCAGUGCCAUAAAGAGACUUGGGUGUCCCUUCUUGGUGUUCCCAAGAAGGUGAAUUCUUCCCAACAGCUUGUAAUAUAUUCUGCUGCUAUUCACACCCAGUGUGACUGAAUGGGACCCCUAUACAGACCCCUAGAGCCCAGCGUGGAGACGUCACAAUGGCUUGUCCUGUAGCAGUGGCCUCUGUAGCCUCUCACUUCUCUGCAGCUUGUAAUAUACUCUGCUGCUGCUAUUCACACCCACCGUGACUGAAUGAGAUCACUAUACAGACCCCUAGAGCCCAGUGUGGAGAUGUCACAAUGGUUUGUCCUGUAGCAGUGGCCUCUGCAGCCUUUUACUUCUCUACAGUUUGUAAUAUACUCUGCUGCUGCCAUUCACACCCAGUGUGACUGAAUGAGAUCCCCUAUACAGACCCCUAGAGCCCAGCGUGGAGACGUCACAAUGGUUUGUCCUGCAGCAGUGGCCUCUGUAGCCUCUCACUUCUCUGCAGCUUGUAAUAUACUCUGCUGCUGCUAUUCACACCCAGUGUGACUGAAUGGGACCCCUAUACAGACCCCUAGAGCCCAGUGUGGAGACGUCACAAUGGCUUGUGCUGUAGCAGUGGCCUCUGCAGCCUCUCACUUCUCUACAGUUUGUAAUAUACUCUGCUGCUGCUAUUCACACCCAGUGUGACUGAAUGGGAUCCCUAUACAGACCCCUAGAGCCCAGCGUGGAGACGUGAUUCCUGGACCUCAUGGGCCCCGCCAACCCCACAGAAAUGAUGGCUUCAGAAAUAUAUAACAGAAAUAUAAUUUGUGGGGAGUUGCACAAAGGUAUUGCCUAAGCUAACAGGGGUUGUUCACCUUUAAAUUAACUGUAUGAUGUAGAGAGGGAUAUUCUGAGACAAUUUGCAAUUGGUUUUUAUUUUUUAUUAUUUGUGGUUUUUGAAUUAUUUAGCUUUUUAUUC